CCAUCUACUAGCAUAUAUCAGUUCAUAUUGUUUAGGGUUAGAAACCAUAUAAUUAAGAAAGCUAUAACUAUAACUAUCCAUUCUCUCUUCUUUUCUCUCCAAAUUCAAACACUAAUAUAUACUUCUUUCUUCCCACCUUAGUAACCUUUAUCACUUUCUCACAAAAACUGAAUCAAACUUAGAAUUGAAGAAAAAAUGGACAAUAGAGAAAUUUCAAAUGGUUUUCUUCAUGAAAAUACAACAAGUUCAUCAAAUGAAAAUCCUCCUAUUUUAAAGAGGAAAAGAAAUCUCCCUGGAAAUCCAGAUCCUGAAGCAGAAGUGAUAUCUUUAUCACCAAAAACAUUGAUGGCAACAAACAGAUUCGUGUGUGAAAUUUGUCUAAAGGGUUUUCAAAGGGAUCAAAAUCUUCAACUUCAUCGACGUGGACAUAACCUACCUUGGAAGCUGAAACAAAGAACAAGUAAAGAAAUAAGGAAGAGAGUGUAUGUGUGUCCAGAGAAGACAUGUGUUCAUAAUCAUCCUUCAAGGGCUUUGGGAGAUUUAACUGGGAUAAAGAAGCACUUUUGUAGGAAACACGGUGAGAAGAAGUGGAAGUGUGAGAAGUGCUCAAAAUUUUAUGCUGUUCAAUCGGAUUGGAAAGCACACUCAAAGACUUGUGGUACUAGAGAAUACAAAUGUGAUUGUGGCACUAUCUUUUCAAGGAGGGAUAGCUUUGUCACUCACAGGGCAUUUUGUGAUGCCUUAGCAGAAGAAACAGCUAGAAUAAAUGGAUCAACAAACAUAAACAACUCAUUAUUAGGAAUGGGAGGUAACAACAUUGGUAAUUACAACAUUAUGCAAAAUUCUCUUGUCCCUAACAUAGGAACUCAUUUUUCUUCAAUUUUCAAACCAAUCUCAUGCACAAACCAUGAAACAACUAAUCAAACAUCUAGGUCAGGUUUAUCUCUUUGGAUGUCUCAAACAUCUCAUGACACAAUAUUGGCUAAUAAUAGUAAUUUGCAUGAGAUUCAUGAAAAUUGGGUGUUUGGAAAUAAAUUCUCCUCUAAUAAUGAAUGUCAAGAGUUAACUAGUUCUAUUUCACUUCCACUAGUGAAUAAUAACAUUGAUAAUAAGGAUAGUACUACAAGUACAAACAAUCUUGUUAGUGUUCCUUCCUUGUAUAGCUCACAACACCAAUCACAAUCUCAUCAUCAAACAACCUCAGCAAACAUGUCAGCAACAGCUUUGUUGCAAAAAGCUGCUCAAAUUGGGACAACUUCAACUGAAUCAUUAUUCCUUGGAAGCUUAGGUUUGAGAUGCAAUAGUCCAAGUCAAGAUCAUGGGAACAAAUUUUGUGGGGUGUAUGGUUCAAGUUCAGUUCUUACAUCAAGUGAUCUUGGGUCAGCUGAGAGCUAUAUUUCAGGUGAAUUGUCACAAAUGCCCUCCAUAAAACGAAGGCGGGUGCAAAAUGAAGAGGGUGUUUGGGGACAAACUAGGGAUUUUCUUGGUGUUGGUGGUGCUAACCAUUUGCCACAGUUCAUCAAUCGACGGAUGGAUUUGAUUUGAUCUUGUAUUCAUGAUGAAAGUCUUUAAUUUCUUUGUUAUUUUCUAAAUGAAUGGCAAAAUAUGAUAAUAAAAAUGAAUAAACGGUGGAUUAUUUUGAUGUUGAAGUUAUUAAUUAGGAGCAAGGAGGUUAAUAGAAUUACCUACUUAAAUCCGGUCUUGAGAAUGCAACAAUAUUAAAAGAGUUAAAGAAGACAUUUGUCGAUCGUACUCCAGUGAUCUAAAGAUAAUAUUAAUUUUUACAGUUUCACGUUGAAAUAUUGAUUUACUAAAUCAAAAUAGAAAUUUAAGUGUAUAUCUCAUAACUUUUUACACUAAGG